AUGGGGACUUCCCUUCUGGCCCUCCUGAUCUUAGGCUGUCUCCUCACAGGGCCCAGCCUAAUCCUCUGCCAGCUUUCAUUACCGUCUAUCCUCCCUAACGAAAAUGAAAAGGUCGUGCAGCUGAAUUCAUCCUUUUCUCUGAGAUGCUUUGGGGAGAGUGAAGUGAGCUGGCAGUACCCCAUGUCUGAAGAAGAGAACCCCAAUGUGGAAAUCAGAAAUGAGGAGAAUAACAGUGGCCUUUUUGUGACCGUGCUGGAGGUGGUCAACGCGUCGGCGGCGCACACAGGCUUGUACACUUGCUAUUACAACCACACUCAGACGGAGGAAACGGAGAUCGAAGGCAGGCACAUCUACAUCUACGUGCCAGACCCGGAUGUAGCCUUUGUACCUCUAGGAAUGACAGAUUAUUUAGUCAUCGUGGAGGAUGAUGAUUCUGCCAUCAUACCUUGUCGCACAACUGACCCCGAGACUCCGGUGACCUUGCGCAGCAGUGACGGGGUGGUGCACGCCUCCUAUGACAGCAGACAGGGCUUUAAUGGGACCUUCAGCGUCGGGCCCUAUGUCUGCGAAGCCACCAUCAGAGGGAAGACGUUCCAGACCAUCCCGUUUAAUGUUUAUGCUUUAAAAGCAACAUCAGAACUUGAUCUAGAAAUGGAAGCUCUUAAAACUGUGUAUAAGUCAGGGGAGACGAUUGUGGUCACCUGCGCCGUCUUUAACAAUGAGGUGGUUGACCUUCAGUGGACUUACCCUGGAGAAGUGAAAGGCAAAGGCAUCACCAUGCUGGAGGAAAUCAAGGUCCCGUCCAUCAAACUGGUGUACACUCUGAGGGUCCCCGAGGCCACGGUGAAAGAUAGUGGAGAUUAUGAAUGUGCUGCCCGCCAGGCCACCAAGGAGGUCAAAGAGAUGAAGAAAGUCACCAUUUCUGUCCAUGAGAAAGGGUUCAUUGAAAUCAAACCCAACUUCAACCCACUGGAAGCUGUCGACCUACAUGAAGUCAAACAUUUUGUGGUGGACGUGCAGGCCUACCCCCCUCCCAGGAUAUCCUGGCUGAAGGACAACCUGACUCUGAUUGAAAAUCUCACAGAGAUCACCACGGACAUAGAAAGGAUUCAGGAAAUAAGGUAUCGGAGCAAAUUAAAGCUGAUCCGCGCUAAGGAGGAAGACAGCGGCCAUUACACGAUCGUCGUUCAAAAUGAAGACGACGUGAAGAGCUAUACUUUCGAGCUCUUAACUCAAGUUCCCUCGUCUAUUCUGGACUUGGUUGAUGACCACCAUGGCUCUACAGGGGGACAGACUGUGAGAUGCACCGCUGAAGGGACGCCUCUUCCUGAUAUCGAGUGGAUGAUCUGCAAGGAUAUUAAGAAGUGUAAUAAUGAAACUUCAUGGGCUGUUUUGGCCAACAAUAUCUCAAACAUCAUCACGGAGGUCCACCCCCGAGACAGGAGUACUGUGGAGGGCCGAGUGACAUUCACCAGGGUGGAGGAGACCAUCGCUGUUCGAUGUCUGGCCAAGAAUCUCCUUGGGGCCGAGAGCCGAGAGCUGAAGCUGGUGGCUCCCACGCUGCGUUCUGAACUCACCGUCGCCGCUGCGGUCCUCGUGCUGUUGGUGAUUGUGAUCAUCUCACUUAUUGUCCUGGUUGUCAUUUGGAAACAGAAACCGAGGUAUGAAAUUCGUUGGAGGGUCAUUGAAUCCAUCAGCCCUGACGGACAUGAAUAUAUUUACGUGGACCCGAUGCAGCUGCCUUAUGACUCAAGAUGGGAGUUUCCAAGGGAUGGACUCGUGCUUGGUCGUAUCCUGGGAUCUGGUGCGUUUGGGAAAGUGGUUGAAGGAACUGCCUAUGGGUUAAGCCGCUCCCAGCCUGUCAUGAAAGUAGCAGUGAAGAUGCUAAAACCCACAGCCAGAUCCAGCGAGAAACAAGCUCUCAUGUCGGAACUGAAGAUAAUGACUCACCUGGGGCCGCAUUUAAACAUUGUGAACUUGCUGGGAGCCUGCACCAAGUCAGGCCCUAUUUACAUCAUCACCGAGUACUGCUUCUAUGGGGAUUUGGUCAACUAUUUGCAUAAGAAUAGGGAUAGCUUCCUGAGCCGCCACCCGGAGAAACCAAAGGAAGAGCUGGACAUUUUCGGAUUGAACCCUGCCGAUGAUAGCACACGGAGUUAUGUUAUUUUAUCUUUUGAAAACAAUGGUGACUACAUGGACAUGAAGCAAGCUGACACCACCCAGUAUGUCCCCAUGCUGGAAAGGAAAGAGGUUUCUAAAUACUCGGACAUCCAGAGAUCGCUGUAUGACCGCCCAGCCUCGUAUAAGAAGAAGUCUAUGUUAGACUCAGAAGUCAAAAACCUCCUUUCGGACGAUAACUCAGAAGGCCUUACCUUGUUGGACUUGUUGAGCUUUACCUAUCAAGUUGCUCGAGGAAUGGAAUUUUUGGCUUCAAAAAAUUGUGUCCACCGGGACCUGGCUGCUCGAAACGUCCUCCUGGCGCAGGGGAAAAUCGUGAAGAUCUGUGACUUCGGCCUGGCCAGAGACAUCAUGCAUGAUUCAAACUACGUGUCCAAAGGCAGUACCUUUCUCCCCGUGAAGUGGAUGGCCCCUGAGAGCAUCUUCGACAACCUCUACACCACGCUGAGUGACGUCUGGUCCUACGGCAUUCUGCUCUGGGAGAUCUUUUCCCUUGGCGGCACACCCUACCCCGGCAUGAUGGUGGAUUCUACUUUCUACAAUAAGAUCAAGAGUGGGUACCGGAUGGCCAAGCCUGACCAUGCCACCAGUGAAGUCUACGAGAUCAUGGUGAAGUGCUGGCACAGCGAGCCGGAGAAGAGACCCUCCUUCUACCACCUGAGUGAGAUUGUGGAGCAUCUGCUGCCUGGACAGUAUAAGAAGAGUUAUGAAAAGAUUCACCUGGACUUCCUGAAGAGCGACCACCCCGCCGUGGCGCGCAUGCGCGUGGACUCGGACAAUGCCUACAUUGGCGUCACCUACAAAAACGAGGAAGACAAGCUGAAGGACUGGGAGGGCAGCCUGGACGAGCAGAGGCUGAGCGCGGACAGCGGCUACAUCAUCCCCCUGCCCGACAUCGACCCUGUUCCUGAGGAGGAAGACCUGGGCAAGAGGAACAGACACAGCUCGCAGACCUCAGAAGAGAGCGCUAUCGAGACAGGUUCCAGCAGCUCUACUUUCAUCAAGAGAGAGGAUGAAACCAUCGAGGACAUCGACAUGAUGGACGACAUUGGCAUAGACUCCUCAGACCUGGUAGAGGACAGCUUCCUGUGACUGGCAGA